UAUCUUCGCCAUGUGGACACAGCAGAUAAACUUCUUUUUGGGCAUUGUCUCUUACCUCUUGAUCUCAGCUUCUGCUGCAAUGGACAUUCAGAUCAGAUUAGCUGGGCGUGGGACAACUCCAUGUGCUGGACGAGUUGAAAUGUUCCACAACAACAGCUGGGGAACAGUCUGUGAUGAUGGCUGGGACCUAAAUGAUGCUAAUGUGGUAUGCAGACAUUUAGGCUGUGGAACGGCGCUGAAGGCCCCUAAAUCAGCUCACUUUGGUGAAGGUACAGAACAAAUCUGGCUUGAUGAUGUGGCCUGUUCAGGAAGUGAAAGUUCUCUCACUGAGUGUCAGCACAGAGGUUUUGGGAUACACAACUGCGGACAUGGUGAGGACGCUGGUGUCGUCUGUUCAGGGGUAUCCAUCAGAUUAAUUGGGCACAAGUUGACUCCGUGCUCUGGAAGAGUUGAAAUUUAUCAUAAUAACAGAUGGGGUGCAGUCUGUGAUGAUGACUGGGACUUAAAUGAUGCUAAGGUGGUUUGCAGAGAGUUAAACUGUGGGACAGCACUGAGUGCUCCUCAAUCAGCUUACUUCGGUGAAGGAACUGGACAAAUUUGGCUCGAUAAUGUGGCUUGUUCAGGAAAUGAAAGUUCUUUAACUCAGUGUAAGCACAGAGGACUUGGGAGACACAACUGUAAACAUGGUGAGGACGCUGGUGUCAUCUGUUCAGAUCACGGUCUAAGUGUGCCCAUCAGAUUGGCUGGAGCUGGGUCAACUCGGUGCUCUGGAAGAGUUGAAAUCUAUCACAACAACAGCUGGGGAACAGUCUGUGAUGACGACUGGGACUUAGUUGAUGCUGAGAUCUUUUGUAGAGAGUUAAACUGUGGGACGGCACUGAGUGCUCCUCACUCCGCUUACUUUGGUGAAGGAGCUGGCGAAAUCUGGCUGGAUGAAGUGGACUGUUCAGGAAGUGAAAGUUCUCUAACUCAGUGCCAGCACAGAGGAUUUGGGAAGCAUAACUGUAGUCAUGGUGAGGAUGCUGGUGUCAUUUGUUCAGAUGUGCCCAUCAGAUUAGCUGGACUUGGGUCGACUCGGUGCUCUGGAAGAGUUGAAAUCAAUCACAACAACAGCUGGGGAACAGUCUGUGAUGACGACUGGGACUUAAUUGAUGCUGUGGUUGUUUGCAGAGAGUUACACUGUGGGAUGGCACUGAGUGCUCCUCACUCCGCUUACUUUGGUGAAGGAAUUGGCAAAAUCUGGCUUGAUGAAGUCGACUGUUCAGGAAGUGAAAGUUCUCUAAGUGAGUGCCAGCACACAGGAUUUGGGAAACAUAACUGUAGACAUGGUGAGGAUGCUGGUGUCGUCUGUUCAGGUGUGCCCAUCAGAUUGGCUGGAGCUGGGUCGACUCGGUGCUCUGGAAGAGUUGAAAUCUAUCACAAUAACAGCUGGGGAACAGUCUGUGAUGACGACUGGGACUUAGUUGAUGCUGGGAUCUUUUGUAGAGAGUUAAACUGUGGGACGGCACUGAGUGCUCCUCACUCGGCUUACUUUGGUAAAGGAGCUGGCAGAAUUUGGCUUGAUGAAGUGGACUGUUCAGGAAAUGAAAGGUCUGUAACUCAGUGCCAGCACAGAGGAUUUGGAUCACAUAAUUGUAGACACAGUGAAGACGCUGGUGUCAUCUGUUCAGGUGUGCCCAUCAGACUGGCUGGAGCUGGGUCAACUGUGUGCUCUGGAAGAGUUGAAAUCUAUCACAACAACAGCUGGGGAACAGUCUGUGAUGACGACUGGGACUUAAUUGAUGCUGAGAUCUUUUGUAGAGAGUUAAACUGUGGGACAGCACUGAGUGCUCCUCACUCAGCUUACUUUGGUGAAGGAGCUGGCGAAAUCUGGCUUGAUGAAGUGGACUGUUCAGGAAAUGAAAGUUUCCUAAUUGAGUGCCAGCACACAGGAUUUGGGAAGCAUAACUGUAGACAUGGUGAGGAUGCUGGUGUCAUCUGUUCAGGUGAGCUACAUCGACAGAUCAGACUAGCUGGUUCUGGGUCCACUCAGUGCUCUGGAAGAGUUGAAAUCUAUCACAGUGGCUCCUGGGGAACAGUCUGUGAUGAUAACUGGGACUUAAAAGAUGCUUCGGUGGUGUGUAGACAGCUGGGCUGCCGGAAAGCAGUGGAGGCCACUCAGUCUGCUCACUUUGGUCAAGGAAGUGGAAAUAUCUGGCUUGAUGAUGUGGCCUGCUCAGGAAGUGAAAGUUCCCUAACUGGGUGUCAGCACAGUGGAUUUGGGGCACACAACUGUAACCAUGGUGAAGAUGCUGGUGUCGUCUGUUCAGGUGAAACAACUUCUAGAUAA